CUUCCUUUCUUCCUUUCUUCCUUUCUUUCACAUAUUCUUGCUUUUAUCUCUCGUCUUUUCCAAACUUCAGCAUAUAUUUUAGCAUUAUGUCUUCAAAACGCAAACGCACAUCAGAGGCAGCCUCUGCCACGUCCAAGAGCAGCAAUAGCGACACCGACGCGUCUAUUCACAAACAGCCACGUAUAAGCCAAAAAGGCACAUCCAUCAAAAACAGAAGUACAAGGAGACAGGCUGCUGCUGAGCACGAAAACGAAUAUGAAAACGCAGAUGAGACUAAAAACAAUGAAAAGAAGGUGAUCAACCAUGUAGACACGAGCACGGACCAAGACGAUCGCACAAAAGUCAACCGCAAUGACCAACAACUCACAGCAAAAGAAACAAUCAUAACUACUACCCCCGGUGUUGCUGUAAAAGACGAUAGUUCGAUAACAGUAAGCUCCAGUGUUUCAAAGUCCAAGUACAGCUACCCCAUUAAUCCACCACCUGUUGGUCGCCCUGUGCGCAUCUACUGCGAUGGCAUUUAUGACUUGUUCCAUUUCGGACAUGCCAAAGCACUCGAGCAAGCAAAAAAAGCAUUUCCCGAAGUCUACUUACUCGUUGGAGUUUGCGAUGACACCAUGACCCACAGUCGUAAAGGCAAGACAGUCAUGACGGACAAGGAACGCUACGAGAGUGUGCGCCACUGCAAGUGGGUGGACGAGGUGAUUGAGAGUGCUCCAUGGGUAGUUGAUCAGGCUUUCUUGGAUAAGCAUCAGAUCGACUAUGUCGCCCAUGACGAUAUCCCGUACAAAUCUGUUGAUAGUGACGAUGUCUACGCGUUUGUCAAGAACCAGGGUCACUUUUUGCCAACACAGCGUACAGAUGGUGUUUCAACAUCAGAUUUGAUCACACGAAUUGUCAAAGAUUAUGAUCAAUACCUCAGACGUAAUCUUGAGCGUGGUGUAACCGCUAAAGAGCUUGGUAUUGGAUUUUUCAAGGAGCAAGAAGUGAAGCUUAAAAAGUCAGCACAGGAUAUUCGCGCUUCGAUCCGUCAGAAUUGGCAUGGAACCAAGGAUGAGCUCAAAAACGAAAUCUCGGUUCUCAGAAAUGAUCUUCGACAGACCAUGAAUGUGUGGGAAGAUAAAUCACAAGAGUUCAUUAAAGACUUUUCGAGGCUCUUUGGCGCCGACAGUGUCGUCAAUAAGAUUUUUAGAAGACGAAGGCGCGAUGGUAAUAACCUGAUUACGGAUGGCAAUGCCUCGAGCCCGUCAAAUGACUCUUCAAGAAUGGCGUCGCCCGAAGGUUCAGAUUAUGAAGAUGGCUCAAUAAGCCCGUUCAGAAGUAGGAGCAGAGACUUUUUCAGAUUUGGACGAAGGAGUAGCAGUGGCAGUAGUAGUUGGAUAGGAAUGCAGCGUAGCCGAUCAACUAGCCCUGUAGAAUCAUAUGAUGGCCAAAGCCCGCGAUCAGAAUCAGAAGAGUAGUUUCGACCAAGUCAGAUAGCCAACGAAAGUGUUCUGAAAUGAAUGUCUUUUCUUUUUUU